CUCUCUCAAGUGUUUACUUCUCUCUCAUCUUAGCCAAGUUCUUAUUAGCUGCGUCAAGGGCAAAGUCCCCGCGGUGAAAUUCCCUUGCGAGACGAAAGAUCUGCAAAUCUCUCCUCCUUCAAUCCCUUGUUCAUCGCUUUGUUGAUGUGAGGAAAAUCUCUCUGCGUCGGAUCUGGAUUGAUUGGGAGGCUGUACCGGGAGCAGGAACUGACUUUUCGACGUUUCUAUAUCGAUUCCAGAAAGCUGAGAUGGCAAGUCGAUUGAAGGAAGAAGAGAAAAAUGAACGAAUAAUUCGGGGUCUUCUCAAGCUUCAUGACAAUCGAAAGUGUAUUAACUGCAAUAGUAUGGGACCACAAUAUGUUUGCACAAAUUUCUGGACGUUUGUAUGCACUACCUGUAGUGGAAUACAUCGAGAGUUCACUCACAGAGUAAAAUCAGUGUCGAUGGCUAAAUUUACUUCACAAGAAGUUACUUCUCUUCAAGAAGGAGGGAAUCAGCGUGCAAAAGAAAUCUAUCUUAAAGAAUGGGAUCCUCAGCGUAAUUCUUUUCCUGACAGCAGCAAUGUUGAGAGGUUACGGGACUUCAUUAAGCAUACAUAUUUGGAUAGAAGAUAUAGUGGUGAAAGGAACUAUGACAAGCCUCCAAGGGCAAAGAUGGGCGACAAGGAAGACUUUAAUGACAACAGGAGAAAAGAUGGAUAUCAAGGUGGGUCUAGAAGCCCACCAUAUGAAGAUUCAUAUGAACGCCGUUAUAGUGAAAGGUCUAGUCCUGGGGCAAGAAGUGAUGACAGAAAUUCUAGAUAUAAUUAUGAUGAAAGAAGAAGUCCUGGAUAUGAUCAAGAAAGUCGACAGUAUGGUGAUUACAGAAGAAGUCCUGCUCGUCCUGAGAUUGUCAGUGAUUGGCGCCGCGAGGAUAGAUUUAGUAAUGGGAGGAAACCUGAAGAUCGCAGAUCAUCUGAUGGAGAUUCCAGGCUGGAGGGGAGAUCACCUGAGCGACCAAAAGAUCUUGAAUCAUCUAGUCCCCCAGUUGUUCGGCCUGUUAGAGAAAUUUUGGGGGAGAAUGUAUUGCCUCUUCGAAUACAAGAACCUCCAAAAGCAAAUGGUAGCAGGACUGCCAAUGCCCCCCUGCAGACACAGAGAACUGCAUCUUCCAGUAGCUUGGGAUCUGUCAAUGAUAGCCCAACAGAGGUCAAGUUGAAGACUACUGUGAGCUUAAUAGAUUUUGAUGCUGAUCCUGAACCUCCAGCGGCUGCAACAACAGUUACAGCACAGCAGACAACCAUGACUCAAUCCAUUGUGCAGCCAACAAGUUCUGCCAAUGACAAUAAUUGGGCCUCUUUUGAUAAUGCCGUUCCAGCUCAAAUAUCUCAAGCCCCAUCAAAUGUGAAUUCACUGGAUUCUGUUCUUUCUCAAUUGUCGGUUCCAGCACCUAUACCUGUUCAUCCAUCAGGACCACCCAGUAGUUUUGCUGCUCCAGUUGCUACAUCUCUGACCAAUACCUUGUCACCUCUUGCUGGUGAUUUAAACACUGCACCCAUUGCACAUGGACAAACAACACCCUUGGGUGCAGGCGCUCCUACUUCUGCCCCUACUGCACCAGUUGGCAGCUUCUCAACAUUUCCUUCUAAUGGUGUUAUGUCUGCAAACCCUGGAAUGAUAACUGUGAGUGGUGGUAGUUCCCUUGUAAACAUAAAUGAUGCUGGGCAAUGGCCUAGUAUGCAGCAUCAGCAACCUUCUUUGGUCUCUCCAGCGGUUUACCCAUCUCCUUCUCAACAAUUUGUGCAACCAGUGGAUGGAGCUCAAGCAACUCAGCCAAGGAAUUUUUCAGUAUCCCAGAAAAUGCAUGGACCUUUCAGUACACCAGCAGCACAGGCACCUCAAGCUAUCUCAAAUAUCAGCCAGGUGGCCACUUCCACUGGUGCAUUGCAACCUUCUCCCAUUGAAACAGAGUCAACUGGAAGAAAAGAACUGCCUGAGGGUCUAUUUACUGCAACCUAUCCAAUCUUUCUUGCUCCAGUUCCAGGAUGGCAUAGUGGUUUUCCCCGUGGCAUGGGGUUUCCUAUGCAAUAUAAUACUGCAGUGCUACAGCAAAUGCCAACUUUUCCACAGUCAUCAAGGUCAAUAAACCCAUUUGAUGUCAACACUGAAGCACCUGCAGUUCAAACCCAAACAUUUCCUUCAAUGGGUUCCUUGCAAGGUGCCUUGCCAAAUAUGCCACUACCUUCUGGCCUAGUGCACACUUCUAGCCUUGGUACUCCACCAGCAAGGAUGCCGCCCCAGUCAUUACCUUCUGCAUCAGCAAUGCCAUCCCAGGCCCUGCCUUAUGCAUCGGCACUGCCACAAAGGACAUAUAUGGGACCCCAAGGACCAAAUACCAUGAUGCCUCCCAGCCAUCAAGUUGGUGGCAUUGGCAGCAAGACAGGUUUUGGCUUCAUAAACAUGGAUCAACAGUUGGCCAGUGGGUUCUCAGCACCUGCUACCCAACGGCCUUCCUCUUCUUUUGGGGGGAACCCAUUUGGAUGAACCCAAAGAACAGAGACUUGUUUACACCAGGUCAGGUUAGGCAUCCUCUUGUUGGUACCAAUCAAAUUGCUGGACGGAAAGUUUUGGUUUUACUUGCAUGAUCCUAGCCUUCCAUCAGAUCUAUUAAUUCCCAGCUUCGGGGGUAAGGGUCUGAUAUUCACAACUAGCAAUAGAAAAUUAUUUAAAUUCUGUAUGAGAUGAGUAUCAGUUUAAGAAAAAGAAAAAACGCGUACAGUAUGGGGAUUUUAGGUUAUUUUUUUUGUGCAGUCCAGUUAUGAUAUUGUAUCAUUCCUUUCUUGUUUUCUUGUUUUGUAUUAUAUUUCAUUCCCUUCAUUGUUCUGGUGAGCGCUUUGAGUAUACGAAAGUCUUAUGGAAUAACGACUGAUCGUUGGCGCAAUUUGUGUGCUAAUAAUUUUAAAUAUUGAGAUGAUAUUUGUUUAAGAUACCGUACGAAGUUUGCUCAUCU